AACCUAUUUAAAAAAAUAAUAAUUCACUACAUACAUAGCUGUGUUUUAUACCACAUAGCCAUGUCGUGUGAUGUGUUAAAAUGUCGUGUUCGAGGCUAACACACUGCCAACACGCCUGUUUAUUUGGGAUUGCUGAGGUUGCACAUUGCUGCCUAACUUCAGGCUGUUCGACUCCUGAAGACUGGAAGCGACUCUAAUUCCGAUUCCAGGAGCCAUGACGGUGGUUAUCGGUUUUGAGGGCAGUGCCAAUAAGAUUGGCAUAGGGAUUGUAAGGGAUGGGGAAGUGUUGUCAAACCCUAGGCGUACCUAUAUUACUCCACCUGGCCAAGGUUUCCUCCCAAGAGAAACAGCCAAACAUCAUCGUGGUGUUAUCCUAACUGUCCUCCAAGAAGCACUAGAUGAAGCUGGUUUAAAACCUGCAGAUAUUGACUGUGUAGCAUACACCAAAGGGCCAGGGAUGGGCGCCCCUCUGGUCACUGUGGCUUUGGUGGCCAGGACAGUUGCACAGCUUUGGGGAAAGCCAUUAGUGGGAGUGAAUCACUGCAUCGGGCACAUCGAAAUGGGCCGACUGAUCACGGGUGCUAAUAACCCCACUGUGCUGUAUGUCAGUGGUGGUAAUACUCAGGUGAUCGCGUACUCUGAAAGACGAUACAGAAUUUUUGGGGAAACAAUAGAUAUUGCUGUGGGAAACUGCUUGGAUCGGUUUGCCAGAGUCAUCAAGAUAUCGAAUGACCCCAGUCCUGGCUACAACAUUGAACAAAUGGCAAAGAAGGGCAAGCAGUAUAUAGAGCUUCCAUACACAGUGAAAGGAAUGGACGUUUCUUUCUCUGGGAUUUUAUCGUACAUUGAGGAGAUGGCACACAAGAUGUUGAGUUCUGGGCAGUGCACAGCAGAAGACCUGUGCUUUUCCCUUCAGGAGACAGUCUUCUCUAUGCUGGUGGAGAUCACAGAACGUGCCAUGGCUCACUGUGGCUCCCAAGAGGUCCUCAUCGUGGGAGGAGUAGGCUGUAACCUCCGUCUGCAGGAGAUGAUGGGCGUUAUGUGUGAGGAGAGAGGAGCUCAUCUCUUCGCCACAGAUGAGAGGUUCUGCAUUGACAACGGAGCAAUGAUCGCACAAGCGGGCUGGGAAAUGUUCCGCAUGGGUCAGGUAACAGAGCUGUCCGAUUCCUGGAUCACACAAAGGUACAGGACAGAUGAAGUAGAAGUUACCUGGAGAGAUUGAGCCAUAUAUCUAUUUUGGUUUCAGAGACAGCAGAUUUUUUUUUAUGUCAAAUAAACAAGAUUUUGAUAUGGA